GAGAUAAGUCAAGUCUCUUAGACUACAGACAUGAAAGUCUACAGACAUUGGAAGGAGCAAGAGCAAGGCAUCUCUCUCUACAGUCUCAACUCUCAACCUUGUUUCACAUAUAGCUUAGUUAGCUUAGAGACACACGAGUGUCAACCAUGGAAGUUACAGGGGCUAGCUGGGUAGCCCUGAGCCUUGUCUUUGUUAGCAUAACAGUAAGAUGGGCGUGGAGUAUGCUGGAUUGGUUACGACUGAAGCCGAAGAAGCUAGAAAGAUGUUUGAGGGAGCAAGGCCUUCAAGGAAAAUCCUACAGGUUCUUGUAUGGAGAUUUGAAGGAGAACUCUAUCCUGCUCAACCAAGCAAGAUCCAAACCCAUGAAACUCUCCGCCUCCCAUGACAUAGCUCCACGGCUCAUCCCUUUCCUCGACCAAACCAUAAAAAAUUAUGGUAAGAACUCUUUUGUAUGGAAUGGUCCUGUACCGAGGGUGACCAUUAUGAAUCCUGAAGAUAUGAAAGAUGUCUUCACAAAACUAGAUGAUUUCCGAAGACCACCACCAAACCCACUUCUGAAGUUGCUAACGACGGGUGUUGCAAGCUACGAAGGGGAGAAAUGGGCUAAACACAGGAAGAUUAUCAAUCCAACAUUCCAUGUCGAGAAAUUGAAGAUAAUGUUACCCGCCUUCCACAAAAGUUGUGAUGAGAUGAUUAAGGAAUGGGAGAGCUUGGCAUCCAAAGAGGGCUCAUCAUGUCAGUUGGAUGUUUGGCCAUCUUUACAACACUUGACAGCUGAUGUGAUUUCUCGAACAGCAUUUGGAAGUAGCUAUCAGGAAGGAAGGAAAAUAUUUGAACUCCUCAAAGAACAAGCAAUGCUUGUAAUAAGUUCCUUACAAAGUGUUUACAUUCCAGGAUGGAGGUUUUUACCGACUAAGAAAAACAAUCGGAUGAAGAAAAUUGACAAAGAGGUAAAAGGUUUACUUAAAGGUAUAAUAAGUGAAAGAGAGAAGACCAUUGAGGCAGGUGAAGCCACUAAAGAUGACCUAUUAGGUGCGCUUAUGGAGUCAAAAUUCAAGGACACCCAGGGAGAUGGGAAGGGUGGGAUGAGUAGUGAUGAUGUUAUUGAGGAAUGUAAGCUGUUUUACUUUGCUGGGCAAGAGACCACUUCAGUUUUGCUGGUUUGGACAAUGAUAUUACUUGGUCAAAAUCAAAAUUGGCAAGAUCGAGAAAGACAAGAGGUUUUGCAAGUCUUUGGAAGCAACAAGCCAGACUUUGAUGGACUAACUCACCUAAAAGUUGUAACCAUGGUUCUACUUGAAGUUCUUCGAUUGUACCCUGCGUUGGUUCUGGUGACUCGAACCACCGGCAGAGAAACACAACUCGGGAAGCUCUCACUACCAGCUGGAGUUCAAGUCAGCUUACCAACACUGCUCAUUCACCGUGACAAGGAGCUGUGGGGUGAUGAUGCAAACGAGUUCAAUCCUGAGAGGUUUUCGGAAGGAGUUUCCAAGGCAACAAAGAGUCCAAUCUCAUUCUUCCCUUUCGGAGGCGGUCCUCGAAUUUGCAUUGGACAAAACUUUGCCAUGCUAGAAGCCAAGUUAGCCUUGUCAUUGAUCUUGCAACACUUCCACUUCGAGCUUUCUCCUUCUUAUGCUCAUGCUCCUUCCUCACCUAUGAUUCGGCCACAGUACGGUGCUCCUAUCAUUUUACAAAAACGUUAAGGAUUGAUGUUACUAAAAUGGCACGUGAAACAAUAACAUUCCCUAGCUACUUCAAAUUAAGGGGUUUGCUAUGCAGAUAAUUAUGGUAUACAAACAACUAAGAUGCGGCUGCAUGUGUUACAGGCAGUGAUUAUGUAGAAAAUUUGAAGAAAAAUUAUCUAAGAAUCAAUUAAUUACGCAUGCUAAGCCUAUCUGCAUAGCAGAAUUUUCUCAAAUUAAGUACAUCCUUGUAAGUUGUAAGUAUGCUGAAUGAAAUUCUACGAAAUAUGUUUGCUUCGGUUCUCUUUGAUUUUAUAUAUUUAGCUUCAAAAAUAAAAUUAAAUGGGCACAAUCAAACUC